AUGGAGACUGCAGUUUCCAACAUGAAAUCUCUCGAGAUUUUCAUUUUUGCUUCUCGUCGUUCUUCGUUCAGUGCAUUCAAAAUUCUCCGAGUUUCAUCAUCCAAAAUGCAAACCCGCUCCUCGAAGCCUUCUCUACCCAAAAAUGAAUCCCUCCCUUCGAAAAGUAAAUCCCGUGACAUGUCCUCCGAAACACCAACCCAACGCCAUUUUCAGCGGCUCGAUCAAUUUGCACCCCUCAUCAAUGCAUUCAAGAGAAGAACCCGUUCCGCAGACAUCCUCAAAAUACUGCCGGAGGAUGUUCAGAUGAUCAGACGUGCCCUCCCGCAGUUUAGGGAGUUAAGAGGUCAAGAAGUCAUGCUUGUUCUGGGAUUCUGCAUGAAGCCUGAUGAUGAGGAAGAAUGUAAAACGGAUAAAAUUGUAUCGGCGCUUCAGAUGCAAGGAGAAAACCCAGUAUUAUUUUUGGAUCUUCGCAAUGAGUGUCGCCGCAAGAAAGACAAUUCUGGAUGCUUCUCUGUCAUGGAGAAUGAAGUCGAGGUCUUGUUAGCCUCGAAGGCUCUGGAGAUUCAGAUCGCCCAAGAGGAAUUUGGCAUCACGAUACGUGCGGUCCUCACAUUUUCGGGAUGCUGGGAUCACGAUCGCUGGAGUAGAAUUCUGGCAGCUCUUGAGUCCCUGGAAAACUCCCCUCCUCAUUACCUGCACGAAACUCAACAUCUCUCGAGAAUGCAGCACACGCAACUCAAGUAUUUUGCGAAAACUCUGUCCCAGACCGUAAUGCAAGAUUGGAGUGAAAAGAAAAUUCUGGACUCGUUCAAAAGUGUCGGGGUCGUAGAGACAAGACUCGUCCCUCGAGUGCCUAAAGAUUUUGGCGCAAGAUAUAGAAAGUUGAAUGAGAUUGCCGAAGAGAGCAUGGAGGGGUUGGAAUCUGGACCCGAAGAAUCAGAGAAGGAUGAGAAGAUUGUCAAGAAACCAAGGAUUGAGAAUCUUCUGGUCGAGAAUGAGGGAUCGGAUGAAGACGAGAUCCCCGAGAUGAAGAACAGAUCUCGUAAAUCAUAUGCAUCGGUGGCUUGUCAAAGUUGCAGGAAAGGUAAAGAAAAGUGUGACGGGAAUACACCUUGCGCCAGAUGCGUCAGGUUGGACAAGGAAUGUGUCCCCGGCGAGCCCAGGGCUAAGAGAGGCACGAAGACCUCCAAGGGUUAA